UAUUAUCUUUAUUCACAGUGUUUGUUGCUAAAAGUUUGCUGCUUUCUUACACUAUACAUUAUGAUUUGUUAAAUAAAAUAAAACCUCUACAUUCCCAAUUAAAGACAAAUCAAGUCAAAACAAACACCUCACGUGAGAGUCAAACAUCCACUUUUAACGCACUUCACUCAUGUAAAACCACAUGGUUCGGCAGAAGGAACAUGAAGUUUUCUAUCUAAUCAGACUAAGAUAAGCUGGCAUUAGUCUUUAGUGUGAAGGUGUCCGACACUGAAACCCCCCUCCCCCCUCCUCUGUCUUUUUGGGACUUUGCUCCCCAUAUGAACACAUUAGAAUUCUAUCAGUGAGUGUGUGAAUGGAUCAGAUGGAUAUUGGAAAGGACAGGAUACACAGCCUGUUAUAAAAGAAAAGAGCCCGGGACGUUAAUCAAUCCAUUAAAGCUCAGAGCUUCACUGCACCACCAUCAGAUCUCACGAGAAUCACUGGAGAACAUCCUUCAGAUCUGUUUCCAAGGACAGUCUGGAUUAGAUUUUAAUUGUGAGCACAUGCUUUUGGGAUUUGUAUUUUGGAGCUGAUUUUUCUUUUUAGAAGAGUCGUUUUAUGAAAGUUUAGAUCCACAUUUGGGACUAAGACAGGCUUCAAAAAUGGAAGAAGACAUGAAAGACUGUGAGCUCAGGAAGAGAGUCCCAUAUCACAUCCAGAGAGAAGUGCUGGAUGAGCUCAGCGUUGACCAAGUCGCUGAGAAAUCAGAUUUCAACAUUUCAGUGAAAGAAAAACUCAAGGAUGCAGUCAGGUGUACAGGCCCAAAGGCUAAAAGCUGUUUCCUAUCCUUUGUUCCUCUCCUGGCUUGGCUCCCUAAAUACCCAUUUCGAGAAAAUGCUAUUGGAGAUCUAAUAUCAGGAAUCAGUGUUGGAAUCAUGCACCUGCCUCAAGGUAUGGCAUAUGCUUUGCUGGCUGCCGUUCCUCCUGUUUUUGGCCUUUAUUCGUCCUUCUACCCCAUUCUUAUAUACUUUAUAUUUGGAACGUCCAAACACAUCUCUGUCGGUACAUAUGCAGUUAUGAGUGUUAUGAUUGGCAGUGUGACAGAGCGUUUGGCUCCAGACUCAGACUUCACGUUCCCAGGAAAUGAAACCAACAGCACCUAUAUAGACUUUGGCAGCCGUGAUGCAGAGCGGGUCAAAAUCGCUGCCACUGUCACUUUCUUAUCUGGCAUUUUCCAGUUGCUCCUCGGGGUCGUGCGCUUUGGCUUUGUGGUGACGUAUCUCUCAGAGCCAUUGGUGAGAUCUUAUACGACAGCGGCUGCCAUACAUGUCAUUGUGUCUCAGCUCAAAUAUUCCUUUGGCAUCAAUCCACAUCGAUACAGUGGACCUUUGUCUCUCAUAUAUACAGUCAUCGAGAUUUGUGCAUUGCUUGGAAAGACCAACAUCGGUACUCUGGUUGUCAGCAUUGUAACUAUUGUUGGCUUGAUCAUUGCAAAGGAACUCAGCGCAUUGGCUGCAAAAAAAAUUCCUAUUCCGAUUCCAGUUGAGCUGAUUACUAUUAUUAUAGCUACUGUGGUAUCAUGGUAUAUGGAUUUGAAGACCAUUUACAAAGUCGAAGUUGUUGGCGAAAUCCCAUCAGGUCUGCAGGCUCCAGUGGCACCCAAGGUCUCACAGCUGGGCUCAAUGGUCGGGGAUGCUUUUGCACUGGCAGUGGUUGGUUAUGGCAUUGCUAUUUCCCUGGGGAGAAUUUUUGCCCUCAAAUAUGCCUACAAAGUUGACAGUAACCAGGAGCUCAUAGCGCUGGGUCUGUCUAAUUCCAUUGGAGGCCUGUUCAGCUGUUUUGCCAUCAGCUGCUCUAUGUCUCGCAGUAUGGUGCAGGUCAGCACAGGGGGGAAAUCACAGGUUGCAGGAGCGAUUUCUGCUCUGGUGAUUCUGGUGAUCUUGUUAAAGAUUGGAGAACUCUUUGAGGAGCUGCCAAAGGCAGUGCUGGCGGCUAUAAUUUAUGUAAACCUGCAAGGCAUGAUGAAGCAGUUUGGAGACAUCUGCUCUCUCUGGAGGACCAACAAAGUGGAUAUGGUGGUGUGGGUGAUGACUAUGAUCCUGACCAUUUUGUUUAAUCCAGACAUGGGACUGGCUGCAUCUAUCGCCUUCUCCAUCCUCACCGUGGUCUUCAGAACUCAGCUACCAAAAUACUCCAUCCUUGGGCAGAUUCCUGGCACAGACAUUUACAAACCAGUAGAGGACUACAAUCAGGUUAAGGAAAUUCCUGGUAUUACGAUUUUCCGUUCAUCUGCAACAUUGUACUUUGCUAAUGCUGAAAUGUACAUCGAUGCCCUCUAUGAGAAGACUGGUGUAGACGUGGCUAAACUUCUCUCACACAAGAAAAAACUGGAAGCAAAAAGACUGCGAAAAGAAAAGAAAGCUGCCAAGAAAGCAAAAAAAGAGGCCAAGAAAAGAGCAAAAGAAGCUGCACGUCAAGCGAAGGAAGAGCCAGUGUUUUCAGACACAGAGGAAAGUGAGGAAGAGCCGGAGUUGGCGUCACACUCACAGACUAAUGGGAAUGUGCAUGAGCUCUCAUUUAAAGAGCCAAAAGAUGUGGUUGUAUUGGAAGCAGGGCCUUAUACUGACCCGGACACACCACUUCCAAAGGCAAUCGUUCUUGACCUGAGUCCAGUGAACUUUCUGGACACAGUUGGUGUGAAGACGCUACGCAAUAUCUAUAAAGAUUAUGGAGAGGCUGGUGUGCAGGUGUACUUGUGUGGCUGCCAGAGAGGUGUUGUAGAGAGUAUGGAGAAGGGCGAUUUCUUCAACGAGAAAGUGACUAAAUCGAUUCUCUUCUCAACGGUACAUGAUGCAGUUCUUUACUGCCAGCAAGGAAACAAUGAGAAGGUCAUGCAAGGAACACAUUUGUAAAUCGAAUGUGAAAGACAGCGCUCUGGAACACAGAGCAGGAUUUUUGUGUAUUCCGCCAUGAGGAUGAAUACGUAUACAGGAGAUGUUUCGAUUAAUAAUGUGCUAUUUAAAAUAAUAAUCACGUUUGAAUGGGAAAUAUGUCAGAAUGGAUUUGCUAUUGAGCUUUAUUGUGCAAGUAAAAAAAAGUGAAACUAGCUGUUCUAUACAGGUUGUGACACUGCAGGUGUAGUUCAGCACUAAAAUAUUACACAUUACGCUUCUCAGAAAUAUAAUCAGAGUUCUGGGAAACAUUAGCAAUGUACACUACAGUUUAAAAGUUUGGGGUCAGUAAGAUUUUUAAAAGAGCAAGGAUACAUUAAAUUCAACACAUGCUCAUUCUGAAAAUGUAGCCCCUUAAUAUAUAUUGCUGGAGAUCACAAAUUAUGUAGCCAGAGCUACGUAUGGCUGCAUUUCGUCUUUAAAACGAACGUUACAGGGCGGUAUGAUGCCGUUACUUUUCUCGCUUACCAGCUAACCGCUUACCUACGUAUGGACGGCUUUUCUGCUGUUACCGGUUUGUCCAGUAGCUCGACAUAUACAUCGGCGGACUUGAGAUGCAGAGCGGAGUUGACCACGACAACAGGAUACGAGUUCGGUGAAGAACGGUUCCAGAAAGCAGGUAAGACAAAAACAGAAGCCAAAAAAUAACAGGGUAAGUAAGUAAAUAACAGGGUGAGAAUGUGGUAAAAUCUGAAAACGUGGUAAAAAUAAGGGGGUUUUCUUUUGCUGUUUUGCUUUUUUCAAAACACUGCGGUUGGGUUUAGGGAAAAGGGGAAGAGGUCAAUCGAUGCUGUUUACAUUUACAUUUAGUCAUUUAGCAGAUGCUUUUAUCCAAAGCGACUUACAAGGAAGCAGCAAGACGAGGAAGCAAUUUACACAACUAUAAGAGCAGCAGUGAAUAAGUGCUAUAGACAAGUUUCAGGUGUGUAAAGUCUAAACUGGAUGGGAUGUAUUUGGUGCUCUCCAGAAAUGUAUAUAGGGGUACGUAAUCAGAAUGAGCCUGGGUUGACUAAAUUUGAUCAAACAUAUUCAUAAUACAUUGAUCAUGUUAUAUUUUAAAUAAAUGCUGUACUUUUAAAGUUCUUAUUCAUCAAGGAAUGGUUUGAUUCUGUUUUUCACAAAGAUAUUGAACAGCAACUUCUUAUGAGAAAUAUUGCACUGAGUGAGACACUGAAGACUGAAGUAAUGACUCCUGAAAAGUCAGCUUUGCCACCACAGAAAUGAAUUUAAAUCAUACAAAAUUACAUUUUUGAUUGUUAGAGUUUUAUAUAUUGAAUUAUAUUUCACAAUAUUACCCCUUUUACUGUGAACAAUUAAAUGCAGCCCUGGUGAGCAUAUGAGACUUGCUGACUACAAACAUUCCAGUAACGACAGGGUGUUGUUGUUCAACAUAAAUUUGAAAGAAUGUGAACAAACACACAAAUUUUUAUUUCAUGAACCUAGGUUGAGUUUGUCCAUAUUAUUUAAAAUUUUUAUUCAAAAUUCUAGAGAGUAAUUUGCAAUCUAACCUCUAUUCAUAUAUAUUGUUUUAUUAUGUAUGCUAUUAACUUUG